GAAUGCUAACAUAAAGUAUUUUAGGCUUUGCAAUCUACUUUGGAUAUGGCAUGUGGUCCAGUACCCAGGCAGCCCCCGGGGACAGGGAGAGGGGGGAGGAGAUCAGGAGCAAACUGAGGGCAGGGGGCAACACUAACAGCAACAAGCCCAAUGAGGGGGGAGGAGUGAAUGGGGUUCAGUCUAAGGGGGCAUAUAGUAAUCUGCAAAACGAUAAUAGUAACCAAAAUGAAACACAAGGAGCCAUCCACCCGAACAACCCACAGCAACAACAACAACAACAACAACAACAACAGCAGCAAUAUAGUUAUAAUCAGCAGUCUCAAGGAGAGAGAGGUGGAGGGGGAGGGAAUUAUUAUGGUGGGGGCAGUGACAUGUCCCAGCAGCAAGGGUACAAUCAGCACACCAACUACCAGAACCAGAACAGACAAGAGAGACCGAACAACUACCAGGGGAUGUACUGAACAACAGCACCAGAAGAAUGUUCUAGAAGAACUAGAAUAACAGCGGAGAAAUAGUAGUAAUCAUGUCUGUGCAUUCUUUCUAUUUUAAAUGUCAGAUGCUUUCUACAACAGUGAAUAUCUUUUUUAAACCUAUAAAAAAGGGGAAAAUAAAAAUUAUACAAAUUUGAAAUUUGAGAUAAAUACUGACUUUGAAGUGCUAAUUUUGUAUGUGUAAGUGUUGUUGUGUUUUUCUUAAUCCAAAACCCUCUUAUGGAGAAAAUCUAUACAGCAGUAUCAAAAUAUUGUUUCGCAUUUUUGUUAUUGAAGAAAUACUUUGUCUAUAUUUUAAUUGUACUGAUUAUUCUAUUUAUGGAUUCUCAAUGCGUUACGUUUAAUUAGUGUAAAAAUAAUUAGGAAUGCAUACUCAGAAUUGUAAUCCAGUUUCUGUCUUGUAAAUGAUCAACUUCGACACAAUUUAAGCUUUUAAAGACAAACU